GGCUCCGGGGAUGGCGGCGGCUCCGCUGCUGCUGCUGCUGCUGCUCGUGCCCGUGCCGCUGCUGCCGCUGCUGGCCCAGGGGCCUGGGGGCGCACUGGGAAACCGGCAUGCGGUAUACUGGAACAGCUCCAACCAGCACCUGCGGCGAGAGGGCUACACGGUGCAGGUGAACGUGAACGACUAUCUGGAUAUUUACUGUCCGCACUACAACAGCUCGGGGCCCGGCGGUGGGGCGGAACAGUACGUGCUGUACAUGGUGAACCUGAGCGGCUACCGCAGCUGCAACGCCAGCCAGGGCUCCAAGCGCUGGGAGUGCAACCGGCAGCACGCCUCGCACAGCCCCAUCAAGUUCUCCGAGAAGUUCCAGCGCUACAGCGCCUUCUCGCUGGGCUAUGAAUUCCACGCCGGCCACGACUACUACUACAUCUCCACGCCCACUCACAACCUGCACUGGAAGUGUCUGAGGAUGAAGGUGUUCGUCUGCUGCGCCUCCACAUCGCACUCCGGGGAGAAGCCGGUCCCCACUCUCCCCCAGUUCACCAUGGGCCCCAAUGUGAAGAUCAACGUGCUGGAAGACUUUGAGGGAGAGAACCCCCAGGUGCCCAAGCUUGAGAAGAGCAUCAGCGGGACCAGCCCCAAGCGGGAACACCUGCCUCUGGCCGUGGGCAUCGCCUUCUUCCUCAUGACACUCCUGGCCUCCUAGCUCUGCCCCUUCUUAUGACAGAGAGAGGUGGGGCAGGGCUGAAAAGGAGCCAGGGAGCCAGUUGUGGGGCCUACAUCUUUCUUCCAAUGGUUGGGAGCGGGGUCUGCACGGUACAUCUCUCUGUGCCUGACCUCUUUGGCCACUCUCUCUCGAGAACAGGCACUGUAGAGGAUCAGGCACAGGGACAGCCACAGGUUCCAGGUGCCUUGUGGCUUUGGCAAUGUUUGGUACCAAACCUGAGGGCUCUAAAAGGCAGUGCUCAGGACUCCCUGACCCUUGGUGCCCUCCCUCCUUGUCCCCCAAGAGGCAAAUAAGCCCCAGAGAGAACAGCUGAAGCAUGGGAGGUGCCCCUGUAAUUGUCCUCUGGGGCAGAACAUGGGGAGGGGACUAGAUGGGUGAGGAGUGGAGCCUCAGGCUGCCCCCUUCCCUGUUUACAGCAAUAAGCAUGUCCUCCUCCCUCCAGUCCCACAUAGAGGACUGUGGUUUGGAUAGAAUCCAAGUUUACAAAUAGACACCCCUGGGGGGAGCAGGCAGUGGACGGGGCGGGCAUUGGGGUGCCAGACAGGCAUGUACAGACUCUAUAUCUCUAUAUAUAAUGUACAGACAGUCCCUUCCCCUCCUUGACCUUGACCUUUCUUGACCUCCCCUUCCAGAUUCAGACCCCUUCCCCACCAGGUUAGGCCCCCCCCUUGGGACCCCCUGGCCCCUCUUUUGUCUUCUGUGAAGACAGGACCUAUGCAACGCACAGACACUUUUGGAGACGGUACCAACAAUGCCCUCCCUUCCAGCCCUGAGCCGGAACCAACUCCCAGGACCUUGCCCUGCCCACCCUAUGUGGUCCCCACCCAUCCUGGGCCUUUUUCAAGUGCUUUGGCUGUGACUUUCAUACUCUGCUCUUAGUCUAAAAAAAUAAACUGGAGAUAAAGAUAA